CGUGUCGACAAAGAGGUAUUGAUCACUUGAGGCCCAUUAUCAAGUGAAAGCAAAGUUAGGAAUCUCUGUGAAAACUGUUAUUGCUGAAAGGAGAAGAAUCAAACAAUAUCUGAUUUCUAUCUUUCCUAAACCUAAACCAAAGGACUUGUAAUCUUAAAGCAUACCGUCAUUGAGGGCUGCUGCUGUAUCGAAAUUUCUCCAUUCUAUCAAAGAUAAAAUCAGAAAUCCUAACUGAAGAUAGCUUUUGCAUCUCAUUGUCACUAUGGGUGACUACAACGAUGCCUUCAUGCGCAACCAAAACGCCGCCGUCCGAGGAGCCACCAAGGGCCAGAACCGCGCCAACGUUCUUCAACUCAAACUGAUUGGGCAAAGUCACCCGACUGGUUUAACAGCCAAUCUGUUGAAGCUCUUUGAGCCCAGACCUCCUUUGGAAUAUAAACCCCCGCCAGAGAAGAGAAAGUGCCCUCCAUACACAGGCAUGGCACAAUUUGUGACUCAGUUUGCUGAGCCUGGGGAUCCUGAGUAUGCUCCGCCUGUACAGGAGGCUGAAACACCUACACAAAGAAGGGCUAGAAUUCACCAGUUGCGACUAGAAAAGGGUGCAGAGAAGGCUGCUGAGGAGCUUCAGAAAUAUGAUCCAAAUAGUGAUCCAAAUAUUUCAGGUGAUCCGUACAAGACAUUGUUUGUUGCUAGGCUUAAUUACGAGACGACAGAGAGUAGAAUUAAAAGGGAGUUUGAGUCUUAUGGACCAAUAAAACGGGUCCGACUGAUAACUGAUAAAGCUGCGAAUAAACCUAGAGGCUAUGCCUUCAUCGAAUACAUGCACACUCGAGACAUGAAAGCUGCAUAUAAGCAAGCUGAUGGAAGGAAGCUUGAUGGAAGAAGGGUACUUGUUGAUGUUGAACGGGGUAGAACCGUUCCAAAUUGGCGACCUCGCCGACUAGGUGGUGGACUUGGAACUACACGGGUAGGAGGUGAAGAAGUGAAUCAAAGAAAUUCUGGGAGAGAGCUACAACAAUCUGGAGGAUCAUCUCGAUCUGAGGAGCCAAGGCCACGAGAAGAUCGCUACAAUGAACGGGACCGAGAAAAAUCCCGAGAAAGGGGAAGGGAUAGAGAGAAAGAGCGUGAAAAAUCUCGUGAGCACUCCCAUGAAAGGCCAAGGGACCGUGAUCAUAAAGAAGAUAGGCACCAUAGAGAUCGUGAUAGGGAGAGGGAUCGAGAGAGGGACCGGGAGAGAGGACGAGAUAGAGAUCGUGACCGAGACCGUGCACGUGAUCGAGGUCGGGACCGUGGCCGUGACUAUGAGCGUGAUCGUGACAGAGACCGUGGUCGAGAGCAUGAUCGCGAUCGCCCUCGGGAUAGGGAGAGAGACUAUGAAGUUGGUGAUCAUGAUCGUGGGCGAUCACAUGACAGAGAAUCUGAUUAUGACCGUGUUGAGUCAAAGCAUGAGAGGGAUCGCCGUGCUGAAAGGGACUAUGAGCAUGCUGAGCCGGAGGAUGACUCUGGUUGGUAUGAACAACCUGAGCAGGGGCAUAGGCGGCAAGAUGCAGAGCAUGAUCAGCGUUAUGAUCACUAUGAACAUCGAAGUCGGGGACAAUUUGAUAAUAUGGAUGGGCAUGGUGACCAUGAUCGAUAUGAUCAAUAUCCCGACCAUGAUCGUGAUCGUUAUGAUCGAAUAGAUGAGGAUGAUUACCACUAUGAUGGUGGGACAUCUGAAUCGCGUGAGAGAGAGCAUGAAUAUCGGCACUCGGAGAGGUCAGUUUCCAGGGAGUAUGAUAACUGAGUGCGAGUUGUAAUAUGCUGCUGUGCUUUACCAGUAACGUUACUGUGGUCAACGGAAGCCUUUUUUUGCUCCAUUGCUCUUUGACUUUCAUCUCUUAUUUGGCUGAAUUAUAUAUAAAUGAGUUUAGUUUGUGUGUUUCGUUCAAAUGCCAAGAGUGGCUUGUUGCCUCUGUUUUAAGUAUGGCUGCUGGAUUUCCACUUUGUGCAAGUUCACGGGACUCGAGGAUAUUCAGUUGUUUGCUUGUAUCUGUUCCUAGAUUCAAAUGACUUGAAAGUAUGAAUGCCUUGCUUGUUUUA